AUGCGGCCAUAUAUUCUUCCAGAUGGGCUGAGGAGCAUGGGCCACGGCAAUCUGCAGAACACCAGGCCCGAGAAGAUCGCCAUGACGGCUCCCGUCGUCACCUCCGGCGGCGGCGAGGCUCCCUCCGAGAAGAUCGCCAUGACGGCGCCGGUCAUCACCACCGGCGCGGGCGCCGAGCCGGAGCCGGUCGCGAUGACCGCGCCCGUGAUCACGGACGGCCAGCAGGCGCCGGGCAAGGUGACAAUGCAGUUCCUGCUGCCGUCCAAGUACGCCAAGGCGGAGGAGGCGCCGCGGCCGACGGACGAGCGGGUGGUGAUCCGCGAGGUGCCGGAGAGGAAGUUCGGGGUGGUGAGGUUCAGCGGGGUGGCCGCGGACAAGACGGUGCGGGAGAAGGCGGAGGGGCUCAGGGCCGCGCUGGAGAAGGACGGCUACACCAUCAAAGGCCCCUUCGUGCUGGCCAGGUACAACCCGCCCUUCACGCUCCCGCCGCUGCGCACCAACGAGGUCAUGAUCCCCGUCGAGUGACACGGCCAUGGCGGCUGGUCAGUGAUUCGAGUGUUCGACGUUUCAGGAACUCACUGCUUGUAUCUGUGUUUCUUUCGAACAUGUUGUCUUACUAGUCGAUCUUUUAAUUUUCUUGUAAUGAUCGUAAAAUAUGCUUGGAGCGACGAAUAAUGGAUAGUAAGUUUCUACAGUAUGAA